UAAUUUAGUGGGUUUUCUUUUCUUUUAGUAUUUAAAGAGUGGUGAAGGUGGCAAUGAUUAAAGAGAAUUUGAGAAGUGAUGAGGAAUUGAAGCUUAGUGAAAAUUUUGAGAAAGAAGUGAAGAUGAUGAAAUUGAAAGGUGGAGUGAUGAUGAUGAGUGAGUGGAAGGAUAUUCCAAUUGAACUUUUGAUGCAAAUUUUGUCACUUUUGGAUGAUCGAACGGUUAUUAUAGCUUCUCAUGUUUGUCAUGGUUGGAGAGAUGCAAUUACUUAUGGUCUUACUCGUUUAUCACUCUCAUGGUGUAGCAAGAAUAUGAACAAUUUGGUCCUAUCUUUUGCUCCUAAGUUCACAAAUUUGCAAACUCUGAUCCUUCGUCAAGACAAGCCUCAACUAGAGGACAAUGCUGUCAAGAGUGUUGCGAAAUUCUGUCGCGACCUGCAGAUCCUGGACCUCAGCAAAAGUUUCAAGCUUACCGAUCGUUCGCUGUAUGCGAUAGCCCUUGGUUGUCGCGAUCUUACAAAACUGAACAUUAGUGGUUGUUCAUCCUUUAGUGACAAUGCUCUUGCUUACCUAGCCAGUUUAUGCAGAAAGCUGAAAGUUUUGAAUCUAUGUGGUUGUGUUAAAUCUGUAUCAGAUACCACAUUACAGGCAAUUGGACAUUACUGCAAUCAGUUACAGUCUUUGAACCUUGGAUGGUGUGAACAAGUCAGCAAUGUCGGGGUGAUGAGUUUAGCAUAUGGAUGCCCUGAUCUUAGAACACUUGAUUUAUGUGGCUGUGUCCUUAUAACAGAUGAUAGCGUCAUAGCCUUGGCAGACAGGUGUCCUCAUCUGAGGUCCCUUGGUCUGUACUUCUGCAAAAACAUAACAGACAGAGCAAUGUAUUCAUUGGCACAAAGCAAAGUGAAUAACAGGAUGUGGGGGGGAUCGGUGAACGGUGAAAAUGACGAGGAUGGUCUAAGGACUUUGAACAUUAGCCAGUGUACAGCACUCACCCCUUCUGCUGUUCAAGCUGUCUGUGACUCUUCUCCUGCACUUCACACCUGCUCAACAAGACAUUCACUCAUCAUCAGUGGCUGUCUUAAUCUUACAUCUGUGCAUUGUGCUUGUUGUGUCCGGCCGCACCGUGCUAUAAGCACUUAUGCUCACUCAGCUCAUUGAACCAGAGAGGUUUUGAUGUAUGAAGACACUUCAAGGAAGUGCCUUGAAAGGCCUAGAGAAGUGAGAAUAAUUUACCUCAAUUAGUUCUAUUGGAUGUUUAUGUUGAGAGCUGCAUAUUAUGUAGAAGAGCUUGAACUUGUCUAGUUUAGGACAUUUUGGAUAAUAAAUAUUGGUUAUUCCAAGUUUGGCUAUGAAUUUGUGGUAAGAUAUCAGACAUGGACUUUCAAAAUUGUGUUGUUUUAUGGAAGGAUUUUAAUAUGAUGUUAGAUUUCUUUGUUUUGGA